AUGCCACCUCGCCGUCGAGAACGAAAUGUGUCAGAUUUGAAUGCAACCAAUAAUGAGAGGGAAGCAAAUACGAGUUCUUCCGAAGUACUACGAGCAGCAGCGCAUCAACUGAUAGACGAUCUCGCACAGAAUCCUUCGGGUCUUCAACGUAACAAUAGUGAAGGAGGAUGCACUUUCAAGCAAUUUAAUAGUACCCAUCCCCCCACUUUUGAUGGAAGAAGCGAUUCCAAUGCAGCUGAAGAUUGGAUGCAGGACAUUGAAGAGAUAUUCAGUGUUUUGGAGUGCACCGACCAACAAAAAGUUCGAUUUGCAGCUUUUAAAUUAAUCGGAGAAGCGAAGAGAUGGUGGAACUCUGAGAAAGCCAUCAGAGAAGCUGAUGGAACUGGAGUAGUAAGCUGGCCUCACUUUAAGCAAAACUUUUUCGACCGUUUCUUUCCGAGGGCAGACCGGGAAGCUAGAGCCCGAGAGUUUGCUAACUUGGUGCAAGGGAUCAUGACGAUUCAGAGUUUUUCGGAGUUAGUGCACAAGGCAAUUCUAGUAGAACAAAAUAUUAAGAGGGGUGUGGAAUUGCAAGAAACAAGAAAGAGAACUACUCUACAAGGAUCCUCGGGUAUGGAUCAAGGGCCAUGGAAGAAGAGAAAUGAAGGGAGCAACUCAGGUCAAAAGCGAAUGCAAGGGUUUCAAUCGAAUAACCUCUGCAAUUUUUGUAAUAGUGCACACACGGGAGAGUGCAGAAAAGAAAUGAGGACAUGUUUUCGAUGUGGAAAGUCCGGACAUUUUAUCAAAGAUUGUCCUUUGCUUCUGUCGGAUAACAGGAAGCCUAACCCACCUCUAGUUUCCCAACAGACAAGUCAAGGAAAUAAUCAACGUAGAAUGGGACCAGCCCGAGUGUUUGCUUUAACAUCUGAAGAUGCGGAGGACGACAACAAUGCAAUCACAGGUACCUCACUCUUUUUCUCCUUGAAAGCUUUAUGUCUUAGUUGA